AUGCCGACUAAUGGACUGUACUUUUUCUUCCUUACAGUGGACUACAAGGUGGACUGCAGCGAGCAGCAAAUUCGGAUACGAGUCAAUUUAGAAGGACACAACAUUACAGAUGUAUAUCUCGAAAACCUCAAGGGCUACCCUGGUUGUACCCCAAACUACACAGAAGGUCGAACGGCAGCGAUGUUCGAGAUCCCGAUCCGAGAUGACUUCCGCUGCGGCAUUGGGAAGAUGACGAAUAAAAUACAGGGUUUGAAAAUCUACUUCCACCGGGUGGUACUCGAGGACGGAGCUUCGAGCGGCUCACCGAGUCUCGGAGCCUUGGUGAGGCCGCGGGAAACGAUCUUCUUCAAGUGCCAGUUAGCAGAUCGCAGGCGUCUUCUGCUCAACAGGACCAAAAGGGCCAAUUCGUUCCCCUUUGAACUUGUAGAGCCAGAUCAUUUGAACAUCACCGAAUACAUUGAGGCACAUGCGCCCGUUCCAUAUUUGGACAUAGGAAUUCGGCAGAGCGGUCGCCUCCUGGACACGUCGUACAAUGUUCAGCCAGGCACACCGCUCGAAAUGGUCAUCUAUCUCGACCAAAAAAGCAAAGCGACGUACGGAAUCUUGAACACCUUCCUGAAGGUGUCGGACAGCGCGGGCAAGCAAGAAGAGGUCAUAAUAAUGAACGGCUGUUCAAUCGACCCGUACAUCUUUUCGAAUUUCAAAACGCCCGACGGAGGCGACACCCUCAGUGCCACGUUCAAGGCGUUCAAGUUCCCCGAGUCGACCUAUGUCAUGUUUUCGGGAACAGUGUCGAUAUGUAUAAACAAAUGUAAAGCGAUCUCGUGUGGAAACGGACAGUUGGGAUUCGGCCGUCGCAAGCGGGAAAUCCCGGCGGCUCUUCCGAAAGACCCUAAUGCGCUGUACAGUGUAGAGCUUUCUACGAUGCUGAGAGUCCGCUUCGACGACGACUUCUUCAAACUCAACAAAGGUGCGUUGUCCGGUGAGUUCAAGGAAGGAGCAGCGGUUGCAUCCCGCUUCAUCGAAGCUGAGACACGCGGAACUUCGGAGCAACAGAUGUAUACAUCGUCGUCGACGUUAUCGCUUCGGAGGCCGACGCAGACUUCCGUCUACAAUCUAAUGAUGUUGAUCAUCUUAGUGACAGUGAUGAAAUUCCGUUGAUCGAUUGCCUGCUCUCCGGAUGAACAGAGGAUAAUCGCUUGUCGGUCGAUUGGCCUCUGCAGGUCAAGCGGGCAGGCAUUUGAGCACCGCUCUCUGUACUACUGAAUGUACUAUAUCCAAA